CUCGUGAGAAUACCAAAACCACCUAUAUUUAGUUCAGUGGCGUUCAGUGUUGCUAUCAGAUAGAUCCUCACGCGCCUCUUCUAACCCGAGCCUGUGUUGAUAUUGAUAAAGAGUCUGGACAUAUUCGUCCAAGCGAGAGUUCGUCGUAAUAUUUUGAGUCGCCCGUAUCUAUUUUCUCACCACUGAUCGCUCAGUCGCCUGGUUGAUAUCGCAGAGUUUGGACUGGAGUUCGUCCAUUUAACUUAGCGGUCUGCUGCCGCGUCUUCGUCUGUUCCCUCGUUCUCUCUCCUCUGUGCGUUCCCCGUUCCCCUACCGCAAAAUUCCUAUGAGAUAAAUUCGAAGCAGAACGUCAAGUAAAUCCACUUCUUCUUCUUAUUCUUGUUGUUCUUCUUUGGCUAUAUGAGGGAAAAAGUGGCAAAAUUGAACUGUCCUUUUUCUCUAGUCACAGUUGAACGCAGUUAUCUGCACGUUGUCGCAGUAACUUGUUUACUGUAGUCGACACCAACGCACGCGUGAGUCACCAGCACGCAAAAAUACGCCUCGGUCACCGACUCAUAGUAAUACUCGUCUGAACACAAGAUCGAAGCAUUAAAACAAUAUCAAACAAUCUUCGAGUCUCUCCGUGUCCGACGGGUCACAAUGGAAGGGAGAGAUCUAGUAUCAGCCCCAACCUCAAUUCCAUUCCGGAGCCAAAGCCGGAGUACCGCGCAACGUCCUGCCAAACGCCCACGACCCAGUCCCUUACACAGUGCCAACAGGACAGUCAGCGCACCCAACCCCUACAGCCAGGCACCUUUGAUCGGUAGCAGUAGUUCAGGGCAGAGCUCAAGUUCGUUGACGCCCGACACGCAGAGCAGACCUACAAGUAUGAGCAGAUUAUCGUUGUUCCCUAGAUCGCCAGAGCCGCCGAAGGUAGUCGCGUCGUUGGAAUCAGUGAAGGAGCCGGAACCUAUGCCAUUCACUUUUGCGUGCCCGACGGUUAAGCCGGCGAAGGUUCGGUUCCCGCUUAUCGACAGUCCCGAGCCAGACUCCCCUAAGAAUCAAGACGCCACCCCUGCGCCAUUGCUUCUUACCAAUGGCAAUACGGUGGAGGAUGACGAAACACCGGUGUACGACUAUGAAACCGAGGAAGAUAACAUAGUCCAGGAACAUCAAUCGGAGCACUCCAUCGUGGUCCCAGGCGUCGUUCCUGGAGGCCAACCCGGGCCGGUACAACAAGCACCAGAGCAGCCCAGCCCGCAGGAGGCGGAGAUCGUCGGGAUCCCAGCCACGGUUAUUCCUAAAAUAUCGGGCCAGAACGCAAGAUUCUCAAAGACGCGCGACGAGUACGUGAGGUACCUCGUCGACCUGUUCCGAAAGUACGAGUUCGAGCACGGGUGCACGACACCGGCAUGGCUUGAGAAGUAUCCUGCGAUCAAGCAGGCCGCUCAGGCAGUCGCGGACAAGGUAUACGGGAUCCAGGAAGCGGAAAAGAAGGAAGAUAAGGAGGAAAGCAACGAGGAUAAGGAGAAAGAGAAGGCUAAGGAGGAAUGUCAGGCACAAGGGCAUCAGCCCACCCCCACCGAGCCGUCGCCUCCCCAAUCUAGCUUCAAUAACGCGGGGCACGGGGGCAAGGGGCGCAAGCUCGUGACCCGGUUCUUCCGCAAGAUCAAGAACCUAUUUAAGAAGAACGAGCCAGCCAGCCAAGUCUUUGAGAUGGCUGAAAUAGCACAGGUCCAGACCAAUGUUCAGAAGGGUAAGGAGCGUGAGACGGUGACGACACAACCUACGCCAACGCCCAAGAUGGAAGUAACUGCAGAGGGUAUCGAAGAUGUCGUGAAUGGGUAUUUCGUGAAAAUUGUACCUGCGACGUAUACCCGACGAUCCCGGCUGGAGUACCGUGAGGAGGAGGGAGAGACAUCAGCGGAGGGUGCGAGGAAAAACUGCCGUACCGCUCGCGAAGACACCGAUUCGGAAUCCCUUAUCGCUUCGUUUGAACGACGCCAUAGUCGGAACUAAUUCGACAGCGCUGACAAGUUAUAACAUCGUAAUGCGACGGUUUAGUUAUAUGCCGUUAUAAAGUCGCUAUUAUUAAAAGUGAAAUAAUGGGUGGGAAGGUAUAACACUGGUAAUGGUGAUA